AUGUCUGAGUUCGAAUGGGCUCAGUCUGUCUUGGACGCUGAGGAGCGUCCUAGCUUGGACAAUAUCGCAAAGGCACUCCAGAUUCUUGCUGAUUCCAGCGCUGACCCUGAGUUGAGAUCACGAAUGCAGCAUGUUUCAUUUCAACAGCUGCUCUCGUUGUUUUCUGGGCUUGCGAUGAGUAACGAGCAAGAGCCUAAGGACCCGGCGUUGUGGAGGAACUUGCUUCGCUGCAUCGGCAACAUGAUCGCCGAUAAUGACACUCGUAGAUCUGAGAUGAUUGCGGAUCCGACAUAUCUGAAGACUUUGAACUCGUUCUUGAUAUCUCCUUCAGCCAUACCUGGAAUCACCACGUUGGCAGAUACUACUGUCAAAGUCCUAUUCAACCUAUGCACCGAUUACACUCCUGGCCAAGAAGAGUGCUUUCAACAAAACAUCCAUCAAUCUCUCGUCUACUCCCUCGACACACGCUUUGCUCCUGAAGAUGGUGUCUGGGGUCUUGCUUUGGACCUCACGUGCAUGAUUGUGGAACACAAGCAAAAGUUGAAGCCAACAGAGGACUACCCAAACUUUGCAGAGAAUGCACCUCGGUUACUCAGACUUCCACUUGCAGAAGUGGACGCAACAGCUUUCCUCGAUGCAUUGACACUGGUCGCUGCUCAUCUUCUGGACAAGAAUUUUGUACAAGCUCUGGUGGACCACAAGCAAAUCGAGCAUGUCUGGAAACUGCUGAAACGUACCGAACAUAGGAUGCUCAGCGAUCGCGAAACAGAGGACGAUGAAGAUUACGACGAAAAGCAAUAUUUGCAGUUCCAACUCGUCUUGUCUCAAGGAUUGGCAGAUAUGACUGCUCUACCACUCUACAAUGAAAAGUACGACACUUCCGACACUUUCAUCCAAUCUCUCUACCCGCAAACAAUUCCUGCGGCAGCAGAUCCCACCUUGCGAUCACCCAUUGCUCCAGCAGCCUGCCUGAUACUCGGGAAUCUCGUCAUAUCCGACGAAGCAGCCAUUGCCCUAGCUCCACACGUGCCCAUCAAAGACCUCUUUGCCGAGUUAGGUCGAUCGAAAGACUCUGCUUUCCUGAACGCAGCAUCAGGACUACUUCGUCAUCUCUGCACACCCAUGCAAAACCGCGAACGAUACUUCUCAGACCCCGAAUACUUGCACUCAAUCAAGCACCUCUAUACCGACAUGUCGCUCGAACAAGUACAAAUGGGCGGUCUGGCACUCACACGUCAAAUGCUCGCAAACAUGAAACCAAGGCUAGUGGCCACGCUAUCAGAUGCUAACAAUAAUUUCCUCUCCACACUACUCACCACCUACCAAACCACCACUUCCACAUCGGUAAAACUGGAAAUGUCAAGAUUGGCCGUCAGUUUCUUCCGCACUCUACAGGCAUCUUCAGCUACGGUGUCGGAGAUUGAAUCCGGAGAGGAAGAAGCCACAAAGGCACUUUUCGACACUCCAGUCAAUACAGCCUCGAUCCUUGAUCCUUUGAUCUUCAGUAUCAAGCAUGCAGCUGAACCGGGAGUUAUCGCUAUACAGGCGGAAGCUUGGUUAGGACUCAAUCUUGCUGCUCGCCUGCCUUGUGGUGCAAAUAAAGUCGGCAAUGCUUUCGCUGAAGACGAAGCUUUGUUCGAGAUGUUCGUUUCGCGGUUGGGUGGGCAAGUGUCGCAAGCUGCUGAUGGGGAGGAAGUCAAGGAUUCGAGACCGGAGUGGUUGAAGGAGAAGGAGAGGGACAAUGCUGUGCUUCUGGCUGCGGAGUUGAUCAAAGCUGAGGAUGUGGAGGAAAGCAUCAGGGACAAGUUCAGGACUGCGUUGCGUGAGAGAGAGAUUCGUAUAGGCUAG